AUUUAGUAAUUAUUCAUUAUUGUCUAUUGACUAUUGAGUUUACCUGAUUUUUUACCUGUUGUAUCUUAUUAAAACCGUAACUAAUAAUUAUUUAAUAAUAUUUAUUUACUAUUGUCUAUUGAAUAUUUAACCAUAAGUAAAUUUUAAUAAAUAAAUAAUUGUAAAUUUAUUCAUAAUCAUGGUCGCUGCUUCAGAAGAAUCAAUCAACCGUAUAGGAACAGUAUUAGCUAACACAACGUUACCAAUGAAAGAACGCUUCAGAGCGCUAUUUACACUCAAAAACUUGGGUGGAAAUUUAGCUAUUGAUAAUAUAGCUAAAUGUUUCAAUGAUGAUUCAUGUUUGUUAAAGCAUGAAUUGGCAUACUGCUUAGGACAAAUGAGAGAUGAAUAUGCUAUUCCUUAUUUAAUCGAAGUACUGAAAGAUAACAAACAAGAACCUAUGGUUCGACAUGAAGCAGCUGAAGCACUGGGAGCAAUUGGUAAAGAAAAUGUUAUACCAAUUUUAGAAGAAUAUAAAAAUGAUCCUGUGGUAGAACUAGCCGAAACCUGUCAAUUGGCUUUAGGACGACUUUUACUACCUAAAAAUGAAGCAAAUAUUGAAAAUAUUUAUGGUUCUAUAGAUCCAGCACCUCCUUCUGAAAUAAAAAGCAUAGAAGAACUUGAAAAAAUUCUUACUAAUGAAAAUGAAAGCCUCUUUAACAGAUAUAAAGCAAUGUUUUCAUUACGAGAUAUUGCAUCAUCUGAAAGUAUCACUAUUCUUUCGAAAGCGUUAUCAUGUGGAAGUGCAUUGUUUAAACAUGAAAUAGCAUUUGUUUUGGGACAAUUACAAUCACCACUUAGUGUACCGUAUCUAAAAGAAUCAUUAAUAGAUGAAAAUCAAAACGAUAUGGUCCGACAUGAAUGUGCAGAAGCAUUAGGUGCAAUUGCUACAGAUGACUGCUAUGAUAUAUUAAAACAAUACAUAAAUGAUCAAAAGGUAGUAGUCAAAGAAAGUUGUGAAGUUGCAUUGGAUAUGUGUGAAUAUGAAAACUGUCCUGAUUUUCAAUAUGCUGAUACGCUUGAAAAAGUUACCACAUAAGUUGAUAUUUUAUGUUAUUUUACAAAUUACUUAAAUUUUGAAUUAACAUUAAAUAUGAAAAGAUAAUGUUAAA